UAUUAUGAACAAGAAAAUAAAGGGAAAAAAAAUUCUCUAUGUUUUGCUUAUUAUCAUGAGAGAGAGCAUAAGCAGUGGAAGAAAAUUCCAUGGAUGAUAACUUUAACUUGGCAUCAAUUAUUGUUGAGUUUGAAUAUUGUUUCUUACCUUUCAAUUCUCACUCAUAGAUAUAGUUCCUAAGUUUCAUUAUCAACAUAGCACCAAUGUCUAUAAGUGGUUUAAUUUCCAACAGAAACUUCUCUUCUUUCACUGCCUCAGAAAAUGUAUAUCAAUUGAGAAAGCAUCAAUCACUUCAAAGAGGGAGCAUUUCUGGUUUGCAACAUGGUGGCCAAAUUGCAAAGGACCCUUUUGCAAGAUGCCAACAUGAUCACCAUAGAACUAGCCAUAUUGAACAAAGAACAGUAUAUGGACUAGGAGUAAGCAAGCUUAGUAAGGUAAAUAGAGCCUGUGUUCAUUACAGAUCAGAGGAGUAUGACAUUGCAGAAACAAAGGUGGAUCCUGUGGCAUCUGAUGAAGGAACAGGUGAAGCAAUUAUAUUGGAAGGAAAUGGUACACCGGUAUCGCCUUGGUGGCAGAAGCUUCCCAAGCGCUGGGUUAUUGUAUUGCUAUGUUUUACGGCGUUUCUUCUAUGCAACAUGGACCGUGUAAAUAUGAGCAUAGCAAUACUUCCGAUGUCACAAGAGUAUAACUGGAAUAGUGCAACAGUUGGCCUAAUUCAGUCAUCUUUUUUCUGGGGCUAUCUACUUACUCAGAUUCUUGGUGGCAUAUGGGCAGACAAACUUGGUGGGAAGGUAGUGCUAGGUUUUGGAGUUGUAUGGUGGUCAAUGGCAACAGUUUUAACACCUAUUGCUGCAAGAAUUGGACUCCCUUAUUUGCUUAUUAUGCGCGCCUUUAUGGGAAUUGGUGAGGGUGUAGCCAUGCCUGCCAUGAAUAAUAUACUAUCCAAGUGGAUUCCAGUUUCAGAGAGAAGCAGAUCACUUUCGCUAGUAUAUAGCGGCAUGUACCUUGGUUCUGUGGUAGGCUUGGCAUUCUCACCUAUGCUAAUACAAAAUUUUGGGUGGGCAUCAGUUUUUUACUCAUUUGGAUCCCUUGGAAGUAUCUGGUUUGCCUUUUGGUUGAGAAAAGCAUAUAGUUCACCAAAAGACGACCCGGAUCUUGGGGCAGAGGAAAAAAGGCUCAUACUUGAAGGCGGUGUAUCAAAAGCACCUGUUUCAGACAUUCCUUGGAAAUUAAUUCUAUCAAAACCAGCAGUUUGGGCUCUUAUAAUCUCUCAUUUCUGCCACAAUUGGGGGACAUUUAUUCUAUUAACAUGGAUGCCUACUUACUACAAUCAGGUUCUGAAGUUCAACCUCACCGAAUCUGGGCUCUUAUGUGUUCUUCCGUGGUUAACCAUGGCUAUUUUUGCAAAUAUUGGAGGGUGGAUAGCUGACACAUUAGUUAGCAAAGGUUUUUCCAUAACAACUGUUCGAAAGAUCAUGCAAUCGAUUGGGUUUCUAGGUCCUGCCUUUUUUCUGACGCAACUGAGUCAUGUCAAAACACCUGCCAUGGCAGUAUUGUGCAUGGCAUGCAGUCAGGGAUCUGAUGCAUUCUCACAAUCUGGUCUUUAUUCCAAUCACCAAGACAUUGGACCACGCUAUGCUGGUGUAUUGCUGGGACUAUCGAACACUGCAGGUGUGCUUGCAGGUGUAUUUGGCACAGCUGCAACUGGAUACAUUCUCCAAAGAGGUUCUUGGAAUGAUGUGUUUAAGGUUUCUGUUGCAUUGUACAUAAUAGGCACAUUGGUAUGGAAUAUCUUUUCAACUGGUGAGAAAAUUCUUGACUAAAGAGUAUGAUCAUGUCGAAGGUGUGGCCUAUAUAUAGCAAUGGAGAUAUAGAAACAAAUGGAACAAGAAUCAGAUAACCAAACAUAUCUUGUAAAAAGAGACACCAUGGAAGUUUUCACCAAAAAACCGUGGCCUUUAUUUUAAUUUCUCACCUUUCGUAAAAAAAAGUUUUUACCUCUAAAGUGGGUUUGCAUCUAAAGUAAGCAAGGGUAUGUCUACACUAAGGUUUUAGUGAGAUAUAAUUAGAAUACAUUUGAAAUUAAAUUAGAUUACCUUGUUUAUUUUGGAGCCAAACUCACUUUAUAAAAGAACAUUUUCCCCUUCUGCAAAUACCUUUUCUGCACAUAAAUUUGACAUAGUUUACUUCCACCUGUAAAAUUUUAUCUACAAGCACAAUCAAGCUUAAAAAUACACGUCAUUUGAGUAGCUCUACCUCGUGAUAUAUAGAUAGGAAUUAGAUUGCUCA